AUGGAGACGCUGGGCGAACGAUUGGCUCAAGGGCGACAGCCGGGCGACGUUUUGUUUCUACAAGGCGAUCUGGGCUGUGGGAAGACGUGUCUCGCUCGAGGAUUUGUACGAGCGCACACACAGCUAACGCAGUUGGCAGUGCCGUCGCCGACGUAUUUACUGGUCAAUACGUACGAUGACGCACCUGACACGGCGGCCGUGUACCACGUCGAUUUGUACCGGUUAAGUACCGUGACGGAACAAGAUGCAGCUGCUUUGGGGUUGGCUGCAGCAUUUGAACGAGGGAUUACGCUAGUAGAGUGGCCUGAGCGCUUGGAUGAAACAAGUGCUCCGAGAGAGAGACUCGAGAUCCGGAUGUCGUAUGUGGAAGGGGAAUUUGAGACUCGACAUGUUGAGCUCCGGCCUGUAGGACAGCGGUGGACAAGCCGGUUCGCAGAAAAUACAAAGGACCAGUGA